GUUUACAAAUGUUUGUGAAACUGAAAUUACUGUUUGUAUUUACAUGAUGUUGACUUAUGUACUGUGUUAUAAUCUAAUAAUUUGAAAAGUGUUUUUCAUGUCUUUUUGCUAAUUAAAUUUGUAUUGAACUAUCAGAUAGUAAGAGAUUCAUUGGUUAGAAAAGUUAUGCGAAUUACAUGUAUAUCUUUUAUGAAGUAUUAUUAUAAACAUUUAAUUUCAGUUUCUGUUAACUAGUUUGUAUGUAAUUAUGUGGGAUUCUCCAGAAGCUUUGCAAGAUAUAUGUGUAGAGUAUAUUUCUAGAAAUAUUAAUCUUGUGUUCAAUGCAGUUCUUGAUGUAAAUGGAAAUACUUUGAAGUACCUUUUUAAAAAUUCCCUUCUACGUUUUCCGUGCAGUGUAUCUGAACAAUUAUUUUCUGCUCUGAAUGAUAUUGGUUUAACUGAUCAGCUCUUGACGAUCUUUGAUCCUUCUGUUACGAGGCUGAAUCGAGUGUACAUUGGAGAAGAUUCAAAAAUUUCUGUGAAAGGAUUACGGGUUUUGCGUUUCCAUAAAAUAUCUGAACUCUCUGCAGUAGGUUUAAACAACAUUGCGAUAAGUGAGCUUGUUGGAUGUUUAAGUGAUUGGACUCUUGAAAAUCUUUUUCUUUUAAAUGUAUCAAAUAGCACAUUUCUUAGCAGUGAAAAAGUUCGCAUUUUCAUUGCUCUUUCAAAACUAAAAAAUCUUAUUUGUUUAGAUGUAAGCUUUACAGAGUUUAACAGCCAAGGUUUAGAAAUUGUUGCUGAAGAUUUGCGGUGUUUAGAAAAUCUUAAUAUUUCCGGAACUAAAGUAAUAGAUAUAUCGCCAUUAAAAAAAUGCAAAGAUCGCUUAAAAUUUUUAAGUAUGUACAAUUUAAAAAUAUCUCAUACAAGCACUUUCAUGCCUGUGUUGCAGAAGCUUCAUAAAUUACAGCAUCUGGAUAUUUCGGAUGACAAGGAUGAGCCGUAUGAACUUGCCAGUGUUAACAUGUCGGCUUUCUCUGAAUUUCUAAAAGAUCCAACAUGCCUCCCUUCAUUGAUUUCGUUAGAUAUAACUGGAAAGAAUGGUGUGGAUGCUGAUACAUUAAAAGCAUUUCUCAGCAAUCAUCCUCAAAUGAGAUUUCUUGGCUUAUUGGAAACAGAGGCUUGUCAAGAUGAUUUUUUCUGUGAAAUUUCAGAUCCUGUUUUCAAGCAUAAACUUGUGCAGCUGUGGCUUUUGCUUUGGGAAGGUGAAGUUUGUUGGUUGGUUGGUGUCGUGUCUUUCAAGAGGUCAAAUGGAUCCCCUGCAUGGAAAUCACAGCUUUUGACAGUUCCACAAUCUUUUCACUAUACAGCGCUCUCUGGAAAGGAAAUUCUUCCAAGCUUUGCAGAACUGCAAGUAUUGAUGGACAAGUGA